CUAAAGUGUGUGGUGUGUGUCGGAUAAUCGCGGAGUGGUGUGGGUGGCGGAGCGGACUUCUGCUCGGUCAUCGCUUGGCAUGGAAGUAACCCGGCCGUGCCGUCGAGCCCGCUGAACGUUGAAGAGAUAGACGGACACCGCGAUAUCGCGACCCCUCGGUUACGGGGGCAAAAACCCGUACCGACCGAUCACGGCCAUUGGCGUUUCGCGUGAUCGCGCCGACGAUCGGAUGGCUGAUUGUGAAAGAGCGAAUGAGAGGAACGCCGGGACGCGUCUACAAAGACGGUGAUUCGGACGACGGCGACGAGAUUCCGUCUUGUUAAACUGUGCAUUUUUAAUAAACAUUCUAGCCCCCGAUCCCCUCUUUACUCCCCCCCGAGCUCGCGCUCUCGUCCUCUCUCUUUCCCGCCGUUGUGCUCCACACGUUUGACAGCUACUUGUCAUCGUACUGUGAUUAAUUCUGAAUAUUACGCGAACUCAGUGGACGAAAAAACAAAAACAAAAAAACAAAAAAACAAAAAAAAAUGUUUCGGUUCCUCUCCGGUUUCGACGUACGAGAUCUCGCGUAUAGAUUGAAUUUCCCUAAUGAUUACUGCGGACAAUCAGAUUUGAAAAGGAAACAUUGAAUGAAAAUAGAAUGAAAAGUUAAACUAUGUGAAAAUUGCCCAAGCAGACAAUAGUUUGUGUUUGUAAGAGACAUUCCAUAAUAUUGAUAUGCUCUAUCAGUAAGAUAGACGUUUUGUGAUUUUUGACUGAGCGCAUCAUGUCCAAUAGUCUUGACAGCUUUUUGACGCGCAUAGGGGAUGUCACGAUCGAACGUGUGACACCUCGAGGUGGUCCAAAGCCUAGUGAAACAAAUCUAAUGACAAAUGAGACUGCAACCAGUGCGAACAUGAGCGCAGAACCACAGGCGACGAACGACGAGAGUUCAGACGAAUCAAGCGGCGAAACGACAGACGGAGAGCAAGAAAAGAAACUCGACGCAAUGCAGUCCGAGGAAAUAGAAGAGAUACGUUCCGAGGGUUCGGGAGACGACAUGGAUCUGGACGAAACGAUUGACUCGCAGAUUGGCGUGAGAGUGGAGUCCGAGAGGCAGCAGCAUCAUUCCUUGCAAGAGGAAGAUGACGAGGAGCAAGUAAACAUAUUGGACACUUUGCCCUUGGAAGGAGCACCUAUAGAAGGCCAAGAAGUGUCCGAGGCCGACUUAUUAGGAAAGCCGAUAUCGAAAGAUUCGGAAGAUGAGGAAAGCAUGGAUAACGAGAAUGAAAAGACGGACGGACAGUCCGCCAGUGAAGAGGGCGAUAGUAACAAGAGACACACUGAUUCCGAGCAUCCUGAUAAUGCGAAGAAGAAGGUGAAGAAGGAAGACAGCACCAGUGACGGCGGCACGUCAGAGUGCGAGUUGAAGUCGGAAAAGAAACUGGCCAACAUGCGAAGAAACAUUCGGGAAGUGAUGGACGAGGCGCAGCUGGAUGAGGCUACACUAUCCGCCCAGAGACAGGAAAUGGAACGUCUCAGACGUGUGCAGGAGCAGCAGAGGAUUAUUCGCGAAGUGCAGCGUCAAAUGGCGAUCAAUCGGCAGAAUAACAAAGCGCAGACACGCGUUAUCAGUCUGUUGCACGGCAAGCAACAUCAGUCUGGCACCACUAUGAUCUCACAGUCUUCCCCGUCGUCGUCCCUAUCGUCGACGGCGUCGUCAACUCAAGUACGUUUACCGAAUACCGUACUACUGAAAGUGAAUUCCGGUGCCACCACCGGUGCUCAAACCAGUCAGAUCGCCAGCGGGAUGCAAGCGGGACAGAUGCAGAGACGAUCGGUGGACAGUGGGAUGCGCUGGCAAAAAGGUCGAGGUGGUUACCAGGGCGCGCAAACGUCUAUCUCUCGCAUUCCGAAUCGCUCGAGCGCACCUAACAUACUGCAGCAUGCCGCGAAGUUUCGCAUGAUGACACCGUCCGUGAGCAUAUCGCCGGUAAUGCCUAAGAAAGAAUUCGUAGACUACCGGGAGAGAGCUGGUCGAGGAACAGAAUACUAUUCUGAUUCUGAAAUAUCCGACGUGGAAGCAGAAGAAACGAUGCGCACUGAGAAACAGAUGCACAUGAUGCGGAAGACGCCGAGUAUACCGAAGAGAUAUCGAGAGACCAAGGGCAAAGACGUGGUGACGAUAUCCAGCUCGAGCGAAAGCUCCGACGAUGAUUGUAUCGUCUUGAGCGAUCCCAGCGGCGAAGAAGAGACAGACAACGAAGAUGAUCCAUCCAAUUCUGGUAUGCACACAAACGAUCGUUACAACGUUCCAGACGAGCACGGUCGAGUACUGAUCAAUGUCGGUCAUCCCGAGAACGAGCCGGACGUGUAUCUGGCACCGCAGGUAGCUCGCAUCAUCAAGCCGCAUCAGAUUGGCGGAAUACGGUUUCUUUUCGACAACAUCAUCGAGACCAUUGAGAGGUAUGACACCAGUAGCGGCUUUGGCUGUAUUCUUGCUCACAGCAUGGGUCUGGGUAAAACUCUUCAGAUCGCCAGCUUCUGCGACGUUUUUUUUCGAUGCACCACUGCCAAGACUGUUCUUUGUAUCAUGCCUAUAAACACGCUGCAAAACUGGUUGGCAGAAUUCAAUAUGUGGUUGCCGUAUGAAGAUCCCACCAUUACCGCUGAGAAACAAUCUAAAAUGACGAAUGUCAAAGUAGAGAACGGGACGGAUAUAAAGCAUGAAGUGAAAGAGGAAGGUUGCAGUAGUCAGAGCGACAUGUCCAACAUGUCGCGACCUAUCAGCACGGAAUCCGCGCACCGUUUUGGCCAGGACGUCGCCGUCGGCGCGACGCAACAAUCGAUGAAUCCGAUUAUGCCAGAGAAUCCGUACGCAAAUACUCAUCACGGUUAUGAACCGCGCAACAUGAUGCCAAAUCCUUACAUGCAAGAUCCUGCUAUGAUGAAUAAAAGCAUGACCGAGCCACACGCACCGCACAUGCCGCCAAGUUAUCAUCCAGGUGAAAUGCCGCAGAAUCCUUUAUACAACGCAAAUCCGAAUCCGCUUUCCAGUUUUUCCGAUCCGAUGAAACCGGACCCGAUGAACUGCCACGGCAUGCCACCCGGACAGAACAUGACGACGCCAAAAUACGAAAUGGAGAACCAAACUGGCGUUAUGUACCCUCAUAUGGAGAACCGAUCACAGGGCAGUUCCAUGUAUCCCGACAUGGACAAUCGAAAUGUUGCGGCUAUGUAUCCAGGUAUGGGCAAUCAUCAUCCUGCUCCAAUGUAUUCUGCUCCAAUGUAUCCAACCAACAAUCCUGGCAAUUUUGCGAAUUAUGGCGGUCAGACUAAGCAAGAACCAGAACAAGAGCCGAAGAAAGAAAAUCUGCUGGGAGGAAUGCCACCUCAGAGCACAGAAAUCAAUGUGAAGAAAGAACCAGAAGAGGCAACAAUUAAAAACGAGGAAGGAACGUCGACGAAGGAGGAGUUAGCAGAAGAGAAGAAGGAAACGAUAAAGACACCGUACAGUGUAGAUGCUCCCAUCGGCAUGGAAGUACGCCCGAGGCAUUUCCGUUUGCAUAUCUUAAACGACUCGCAUAAAACUAUGACGGCGAGAGCGAAAGUGAUCCAAGAAUGGCAAUCGACCGGUGGUGUUUUGCUCAUAGGUUAUGAGCUGUACAGGCAGUUGUCUUUGAAAAAACCUAAUAAGGCGAAGCGAAAACGCGGUCAACCCUUCAAGGACACGGUGGACGUGGAAGAAGAAGAUAAGAACAAAGGUUUGCUAGACGAGAUGCAUACGGCCUUGGUGAAUCCCGGACCAGAUCUGGUGAUUUGCGACGAAGGUCAUCGGAUUAAAAACUCACAUGCCAGCAUCAGCAUGGCGUUGAAACAAAUGCGCACAAAACGCAGAAUUGUAUUGACUGGUUACCCGUUGCAGAAUAAUCUUCUGGAAUAUUGGUGUAUGGUCGACUUCGUGAGACCAAACUAUCUAGGCACCAAAAGCGAAUUUUGCAACAUGUUCGAGAGACCGAUACAGAACGGCCAGUGUAUCGAUUCUACGCCGCAGGAUAUACGAUUAAUGCGAUAUCGCGCGCAUGUUUUGCAUGCGCUGCUGGAAGGUUUCGUGCAGAGAAGAUCUCACUCCGUGUUGCAGACCUCGUUACCGCGCAAGGAGGAGUACAUCCUUCUUGUUCGGAUGACGGCUCAUCAACGCAAACUAUACGACACGUUUAUGAACCAGGUGGUGAAGACGCGCGCGGUACCGAAUCCGUUGAAAGCAUUUGCCGUGUGCUGCAAAAUUUGGAACCAUCCGGACAUUCUGUACCAUUUUCUGCGCAAACGUCAAGCGAACGAGGAAGAUGACUUGGAUUUGGAGGAAACGAUCGGCGAAAAACCUGCGGCUGGAGGGAAGAGAUCAAAAGCACGCCAGCCGAAAGGAGAGUCCAAAAAGAGCAAGAAGGCUAACUCAACUAUCAAGAACAAACCUGCAGCUAGCGUGCAACCAAACGCUUCCUCGUCGUCCAGCAACGAUAACGUGGAAGCCGAAAACACGCACAAUACUCCAAAACAGAAUAACAAUUAUACUAACAACUAUUCGAUGCCAGCUUCCAACUCAGGAUAUUCCAAUUCCAUGCCUCAAGGAUCUUAUCCUCCCACUCACGGUUAUCAAAAUUACCGGCCAAACGAACAAAACGCGUAUUACAGGAAUGAUAAUAACAAUCAUGGAGAAUACAAUCACGGAGAGUUCUAUAACAAUCAGGGACAGCAGAGAUAUGGAAAUCAACCGUUUCAAUCGUACAGUCAGCCGUCGAAUUACAACGCGUCGCAGGGAUACGUCAAUCAGUCGCAGAACUACAUGCAGCCGAACGAGCAGUCUGCAAAUCAUUCUCAAAGAUACAGCGGCGCAGCAGCUGGAUCUGAUUUUAGAUCGGAUCAAAGUCAAGGCAACAAUUACGAAACACCCGGAAUGUUUCCACGGCAGAACUAUCCGUAUCAGGAACAGCAGCGCAAUUACACGCCGAAUAUGAACCAAGGGCCUAGCAAUUAUCCUCAAGUUCCUAAUCAACCGUCUUUCCAAACUCAGAUGACGAAUCAGUCCGCGAACAUGCCAAUGCCGGAUUAUUCGUCGUACACUUCUAAUCAAAAUCAAAACUACGCUCCAGCACCGGUUCAGACGAAUUCGAUGUAUCCGCGAAACGACGCACAACCGAUGCAGAAUUCGACGAUGGGAUACUCCGCACCCCAGCAAGCUCAACCUCCCACAGCGCAAGCUCAGCCUACCGGUUACAUGCCAUCUCAACAAAAUCAAAAUUCGUCCCCUGGUCAGACUCGAGGCUUUUCACCGAACCAACAGAAUCAAAAUCUGGCUCUUCAGAAUCAAUCUCAUUCGUACACUGGUCAACCACCCUCGAAUGUACCUCUUCAGGGUCAAACGCACGGUUAUUCGACGCAGAUAAACCCAACUCCGCCACAAACUCCACAUGCAUUUAAUCAGCAAUCGGCCCCGAUGUCACAAGGACCUACUCACGGUUACAUGCAGCCGAAUCAGCCAAGUCAGGGACCCAUGUCGCAAGGUAGUAUGCGCGGUUACGGCUCGGCGCCGCAAGGUCAGUUGAGUAUGGCACAAAAUCAGCCUAAUUAUCCAGCUAAUCAACCCGCACAGAAUGUCAAUGCACAAAAUCAGACACACAGAUAUCCGGAUCAGCAAAGUUCGGGAUCAAAUCCGCAAAAUGCAAUUCAUGGAUACGGUGCUCAUCAUAUGGUGUCGCAGCAGGCAGCUACCAAUCAAGCAACUUCGUAUGCUCAACAGAAUCAGCAAGGACCGACGACACAACAGUCCAACCAGACUCAUCCUGGUUAUUCGUCGAACCCUCAUCCAGGCCCAGUGCCUCAGACUCCUGCACAUCGAUACGGCACCGCGCAGCAAACGCAAGUUCAGAAUCAGUCCAUGGCGUAUCCACAAAAUCAGCAGCAAUCGAAUCCGUCACUGGGUCAGAACGAUCAGCAGCACUAUUCAAGAUCGGACGCCGCAGUACCACAGCAAACACAAGGGUAUACUCCGACCGCCAACGAAUUCUCGAGCGAUCGUUCGGGCGGAAGUACCGCUAGCAAUUCCGGCAACAAUUAUUCCACGAACCAAUCACAAGCGCCGAAUCCGGUUAUGCCGAACUACCCGUCGGACAAUUCACAUCAGAAUCCGACAGUGGUCGGACAGAUGAAAAACGCGGAAGAGCAGCCGUACUGGCAACGUAGUUAUCCGCAGACGUUCCGGCCGGAUCAACAGUGCAACGACUCGUACUAUCGGGAUCAGAUGAAUUCGAACGUGAAUCGUUAUCAGAACAACUACUUCCCGCCGCAAAAUUAUUCCAAUCAAUCGUACGACUACGCGACCACCGGCCACGGUACGGACAUGAACUCGCGACCUGACGAGUCCAAGAAUUCUCAGCAGUCGGGAACUCAUCCUGCCGGCACGCCGUGCGAAAAGAAUAACAAAGACAUGACGUCCAGCAUCGGUGUGCAGAGCCAACCGAUGCAUCAGAAUAAUCUCACUGGCGCGCCGAAUUAUACUGCGGAAUCGAAUCGUCAAAAUUCAUCAACUCCCGCGCCCAGAUCGGGACAGGGAAUCAAUUCGGCUCACAGUCCUCGAUUAAAUCAGAGUGAAAUGUCGAAAGAGGACGAGCGAGAGAAAGAGGACCAACAGGAUAAGGAUAAAGAAGACAAAUCAGAUGAUGAGAUUCUUGCGAAGGAUGAGGAGAAGGAUUGCAAGAGUUCGCCUAUCGGAAAGGACGAUCCCGGAAUCCCAUACGAUUGGGCGACAGAAUUGAUGAAAGGUUACGUUCCCGGUUUGAUAGACGCGUCUGGGAAGAUGACACUUUUUUUCUGCAUACUCGAAGAGGCUAUUCAAUUGGGAGAUCGCGUGCUUGCGUUCUCGCAAUCGCUGUUUACCUUGAAUCUCAUAGAGGAUUUCUUAGGGCGAAAUAAUUUCAAGUAUCCGAACGGACAGACGGACACUUGGAUCAAGAACGUGAAUUAUUACAGAUUGGACGGGAGUACCAGCGCUUUGGAACGAGAGAAAUUGAUCAACGAGUUUAACAACAAUCCAAAGAUCCAUCUGUUUCUCGUGUCAACACGCGCCGGCUCGCUGGGCAUCAAUCUCGUAGGCGCGAAUCGCGCGAUCGUAUUCGACGCUUCUUGGAAUCCCUGUCACGAUACACAAGCGGUGUGCAGAGUGUAUAGAUACGGUCAGCAGAAGCCGUGCUUUGUUUAUCGAUUGGUCACCGAUAACUGUCUGGAGAGAAAGAUUUACGAUCGACAGAUUAGCAAGCAAGGCAUGGCGGACCGCGUGGUCGAUCAGUGUAAUCCGGACGCACACCUUUCAUUAAAAGAAGCAACGACGCUGUCGUGGGACUGGGAAGAGGACAGUCAGGUGCAGGAUUUCUCACAGGCCAAAGACAACUACACGGAUGAGGUAAUGCAUUGCGUGCUGGAACGUCACUCCUCGUUGCUCACCAAAGAGCCGUUCCAUCACGAAAGUUUGCUGGUUGAUCGGAAAGAUAAGAAACUCAGUCAAGCCGAGAAGCGACUAGCUCGUCGUGGCUACGAGCUCGAGAAGAUGGCAGCUAAUUGUUCAAGACCGAGUUAUAAUUACGUUCCAGGAAACACAGCUACGCGAGCAGGCGGAUUACAAAUCAGAGCAAUUCGCGGUGGUGACGGAGGUCCCACGCCGAAACCCGUCGCAUCCGUGAGACCGAUGCAACAGCGAGGCGCUGAAGGAUUAAAUCCGCGAGGUGUAACUGGUAGCAGAUGGAUUCCGGCGGAAGUGUGGCAGAGACAAGGAAUGAGCGCGCAAGAGAUGACGCUUCCCUUAGAUGUUGUUAUCCCAACAAAUUCCCCAGACAAAGGAAGUAUAGUUUUAAAAGCGGGUCAACGGGUAAUGGUACUGAAGAGCCCGAAAGGCAUCUACAUGCAGCUCGAAUCCGGUAAAAUUAUAGCGAUUCGCACAGCGCUGAAAUUAAAUCAACAAAAACGAGAAGAGGAACAGCCGAAGAAGGGCAUUUCUUCGAUGGUACAAAGAAAUUCCAAGCCAGAAGUUGGCUUCCCCUUGCGAAAUAAUUCCGCCAUUUCCAUAAUACCCAAAUCAUCCUCUAGUAAUCAGACCAGUGGCCGACCUUUCAACAAAUCAUCACCAGGUCCCGGUUACAAACCGUUUGGCGAGAAAGAAAUCUCCAAAAGACCCAAGCCAGUUGCUACAGCGACUGCGAAACCGUAUCUGAGUCAGGUGAACUUGACCAGUCAGGUUUCUCUAUCGAGACUACCAAAGAUCAAGCAAGAGCCGGUGGAUCAUUCUACGAUAGGAGACAACUCGAACUCAUCGGACGGUCAAGUGAGAACUGAGCAACGUGUCGAGGAAGUUAGAUUGGAGGAUGUGGUGGCCGAAGUGAGCUCGAAUACCGAAUAUAGUCCACCUAAUCACAACCGAACCACUAAUUUAUCCGAAUUGGUCCGAACCACCAAUUCGGACGCGGAUACGUCUCUACCAAAAUCUUCCGAGGAGAGCACUCAGGUGUACACCUCCGAUACCAUCUCCUUAGCGCAAGGCGUUCAAACAACGCAACACGAUCAAUCAGAAUCGGAAUUACCGCCAACCGCUGACAAGCAGCGUUUACCACCAGAAAAAGAGCCUUCUUCUAAGUCAGACAUUCUACCAACUUACGGUCGAACUUUCCACACCCAAACGGAAAAACGAGACACUUCGAACGACGACAUUAUCAUCGAGGAACCUCCGCAGAUAACGCCUCAGGUAACGUCACAAGUAACAUCGCAAGUAACGUCGCAAGUAACAUCGCAGGUGACACCACAAGUUGCCACACAGACUCACGUGGCAGUUCCCGAAAGGAUGUCGUCUUUGUUGACACCACAACCGAUGCCGUCAGCCAUGCCGGUACCACCGAGUUUGUCGGUACCAUCGAGCAUGCCGUCCAGUACGCCAGUGUCAUCGAGCAUGCCGUCUAAUAUGGUGAUACCAUCGAGCAUGCAAUCUAGUGUACCGAUAUCGACGAAUGUACAGUCAAAUAUGCCGAUACCAUCGAACAUACCGACGAACAUGUCAAUACCGUCAUCAAAUAUACCGUCGAAUAUGCCGAUACCAUCGAGCAUACCGUCAAAUAUGCCGAUAUCGUCGAGCAUAUCGUCGAAUAUGCCGGUAUCGUCAAGCAUACCGACAAGUAUGACGGUAUCGUCGAACAUGCCACUGCCAUCGAGCAUGCCGAUACCGUCGUCUAUGCCAAUGCCAACGAAUAUGCCGAUGCCUUCGAACAUGCCAUCGAGCAUAUCGGUACCGUCCGCACCUGUAAGAGUUCCGGAGACGACUAAGAGUGUUGAUUCGCCUAUCGUCGCAUCAUCAACCGCUUCCGUGUGCACUAGCACCAAUAUCACUUCUCCAAAGAGCACCGAGCUGAUCCCAAGCGUACGGGACAAUAUGGUUCAAGGUGACCCGACGCCGAGUGUUCCCCAAGGAUAUCCCUACGCUCAGUAUCCGAGGUACUACGAUUACGGCGACCCACGAUCCCGCUCGCUGUCCAAUCCUUACGGCACUUAUUUCCCCGGUGUUCCGCCACAUACGGCGAAUCCCAGCAAUAGACUGCCAGCAGUAGACACGACAAAACCUCAACCGGAUCUGGGAAAGCCUAUCGACGAGAGAAGCGUGAUGAACGUGCCUACCGCAUAUUCUUCUCAAGUACCGAGUAUUACUGCCAAAACGUUAACGAGCAGCUCCACGACGGAGUCUAAGAGUGCGGACGCCGCAACGGUGACCACGGUGGCCUCCUCGAGCAGGGACGAGACUUCGCACAUACCCACCGCAUUUAGUCAUCCUACCAGCACGCGAUAUGGUCCGGGGCCAUAUCCGCCGGGUCCGUACGAUCCGUACUCGCAACACUAUCCGGCGCCUGGGUCUUCCGCAGCUUACCCCCCAGGAGCACCCGCAUAUCCAGCAUACGGUGGACCGAGCUACAACGCGGAUUACGCUCGCAUGUACUCAGCGUUCCACGGACCGCCGCCGCCGACGGAUCCCUACAUGCAUCGAGGAUACGCCCCUCCCUCAUCGCAUCCUCCGAAUUAUUACUCACCGUUCCCGCAUCCUCCGCCACCUUAUCCCAACUAUUCUUUUCUGCCGUACCCGAACCCCAAUAUGACCAGUGAGCCGCAACCACCCGCUCAAUAGGAAAAUAAUACAAACACGGCCAGGAGGCUAACUUCUAGUGAUCGCGUCAGAAAGUCAACGUGAGAACUCGAACGCUGGUAAAACGCCGUGUUUUAAAACACAGACUGAAAGUCGCAAAACGCGUUUGAUGUACAUAAUUAGUCACAGGAUAAUUGAAAUAUUAAGAAGAUAUUUGUGAGAUCGCAGCUACCGGAAGUAUCGCGGUUACGUAUCAAGAAGGAAAGAGAGAGAGAGAGAGAGAGAAAGAGAAAGAGAGCGAACGAGCGCGAUCGCUGUCAAUAUUAUAAUUGAACUGUGCAAUCUGUUGAAAUGUUCGGAAAUACUUUUAUCUCUUAACUGUCAACGUCGUUCUUGCGAUGCAUUGUUCAUUAGUUAAGUCUUAAAUAGAGAGAAUUGUGCUCGUUGUGCGCGCGAAAGGUGGUGCAAGUUUUUACUCCUUUGAUCUUCCAGUCUCAUAACAGCGACGCGUCUUCAAGAGAGACUUUUUUACAAACGCUUAGGCUACGUGAUUUAGAUUGUAAUAUGUUCGCAUUGCCGAGACGUUGGUCUUACGUUCCUCGCAACUUUUUCUACUUUUUGUACUUGCGCGGUGUUUUUUGCGCCGAAAUAUAUAGUCUUUCGCCAAAAUAGCCUCUUUAAACAUUGGAGAGCUGAUGAAUGAGUUUAGGAUUGUUCUACAAUACAGUCGUAAGAAAUUGACCAAUCACAAUCGAUAAUAUUCUUAUGUGAUUUGUUUGUGAUUGAUCGAUUUCUUACGACUUACAGCUUACGACUGUAUUGUAGAACAGGUCUUAUCACGACCGGCCGCAAAUGAGAUGAUUCUGGCGGGAUUGAAGGAGAGCGCAAAUUGCACCAUCCGUCGUAUAUGUCCGAGAAAAGAGAAAAAAAGAACGCUGUCUAUACUACUAUCAUUUUUAGCUUCACGUGUUACAUUCGAUCACUCUCUCAGCUUAUUUUUAUAUAGUCUAAUAUAACGAAGAGGGGGGAAGGUCAUUUCGGCGAGAAUAAAAACUCUCUCUUUGAUCGGGAGAAUUACUGACACUGUCCAUGACGGGCGUUUAUUUUCAUCUCACACUUUCAGAACAAAGAGAGUUGAAGAAGAGAUACGACGACGCAAACUUUUCGGAGAAAGAAAAGCUUUUUAUUUGUGCGAUUUGAAACGACGAAAAUGUUUUGAUUUAAUUAAUUCGUUUCAGCCACACGACGAAACGCGCGUGUUGUGUAUCUGAAAGACUCUCGUGUCUUACUGAUAAAUAAAUAAAUCAAAUUUGAAAAUGUUCUCUUCCAUGACAAAUUUUACCAAAUGAAACGAUUUACGUAAUAAUAUGACUUAAUCCCCCCUCCGAACGAUAAUACGGCAAGAGUGGAUGGAUAUUUGCAAGCUGUGCGCACACACAAAGACCGCUGAUAUAUUUACUCUAAAUACGAAAACACAAUUGUGUUAAUUAUAAAUCCAUAUGCAUCCAUGAACUUCUCCUCUCUCUGCAGUAGAAUCCAUCGACUG